AUGUUCUUGAAUAUGGAUUCAGUACAGAUCAACAGUAACUGUUAUGUCUGACAUCAGAAUGACUAAAUGUCUCAGUGAAAGCCACAAGAUAAUUUCAAUUCCCCAUAGAGUUAAAGAGAUAGUUCACCAAAAAAAUAUUCUCACCUUUUUAUGUUGUUUCAAACCUGCAUGAAUUUCUUCCUUCUACUGAACACAAAAUAAGAUAUUUUGAAGACUGUUGGUAAACGAACAGUCGCUGGUAGCCAUUGAUUUUCUUCCAUAUUUCUUCCAUACUGAGGAAGUUCAUGGCUACCAGCAACUGUUUGGUUAUCAACGAAGAUCUUUUCUUGUGUUCAACAGAAGAAAUACAUUUAUACUGGUUUGGAACGUCCUGUUUUAAAUGCUGACAGAAUUAUUUUGAGGUGAAGUCUCUCUUUAAGCCACGCUGCAAGAGAGAGAGAGAGAGCUAUAAAAGGAAAGAGAGGAAGAGACUAACAGACAGUGAGAAAGAGGCACGAAGAGAUGAUUAACUUUCACUUAUGCUGCAUUUUAUACUGCUGAAGUGAGAUAUAGAAAUUUAGAGUAGCAUCAAUGUCUGAAUGUCUGAAAAUCUGCUCUUCUAUCUGUGACUUCUCCUGUGUAUUACUAUGAUGAGCCCAGAUUUAGAGAUCAACUGCACCAACUUAUAUGACCAUCGUCCUGUGGCCCGAGUUCUCAUACCUCUGGCCUAUUCCAUCAUAUGUCCAGUGGGACUUUUAGGCAAUGCCCUGGCUCUUCAUGUGAUCUUCUCCAACAUCACCAAAAUUAAUUCCAUCACGCUUUAUUCCGCCAACCUGGCUGUGUCCGAUAUCCUGUUCUGCCUGUCGCUUCCCCUCCGAGCUGUUUACUACGGCCUUGGCUUCCACUGGCCCCUGGGGGAAAGACUCUGUAAAGCCAUAACACUGCUCUUCUAUUUGAACUGCUAUGCUGGAGUAAACUUCAUGACCUGCCUGGCAGUCGAUCGCUUUGUGGCGAUGGUGUUUCCUCAGAGUCUGGUGAAACUGAGAGAGGUGAAAAAUGUGCGAUUAGUGUGUCUGGCCAUAUGGCUGCUGGUGUUUGCCCAGACAUUGCCUCUCCUGACCAUUAACUUGACCAAAACGGAGCAUGACAACAGCAUCACCUGUAUGGAAUACCCCAAUUUUGAGGGUCUUUUCAAAGGGCUACCCUACAUGCUGAUUGUGGGGGUAGUUUUAGGCUUUGGAGUCCCAGUGGUGACAAUCAUCGCCUGCUAUUCCAUUCUGACCCGUAAACUACAUCUAGCAGCAAAGUCGAACCGACUGACAGAACGUUCUGGAAAAACCAAAAAAGCAAGAGGAGUGAUCGCGGGAGUGGUAUUUGUGUUUGUGGUGUGCUUCAGCCCAUACCAUAUAGACCUUUUGCAAUACAUGAUCCGAAAACUUUUCUAUGCUCCAGACUGCAUGGAGCUACAGUCCUUUCAGAUAUCCCUGCAUAUUACGGUGUGUCUUAUGAACUUAAAUUCAUGUCUGGAUCCCUUUGUUUACUUUUUUGCAUGCAAAGGCUACAAGCAGAAGCUGAUGAGAAUGAUGAAGUGGCAGGUUGGCACCAACUUCUCCAGUGCUGGAAGAAUCUCGCCUGAAAGUUCAGGCAUAGGUGAUGAGCUCGGCACACGCCGAAACACCAAGAUAAAAAUGAACACUAUUAGAGAAGCUCUGUAAUACAAUCAUCAAC